UCGUGUCAAAGCGGUCAAAAGUCAAAACCUCCCUCCAUAAAUCCAAUUCCCGGUCCACCAAAUCACAAAACCCUGGCACCCAAAGCAAUUGAAUCGUCCCAGAGGAGGUCGCGAAGAUGGGGAAGAAACAGCACAGCAAAGAUCGAAUGUUCAUAACGAAGACGGAAUGGGCUACCGAGUGGGGAGGCGCUAAAUCCAAAGAGAAUCGUACCCCUUUCAAACGCCUUCCCUUCUAUUGCUGCGCUCUUACAUUCACGCCCUUUGAGUUGCCUGUAUGCACGAAGGAUGGCAGUCUCUUCGAUUUAAUGAAUAUAGUUCCUUAUAUUAGGAAGUAUGGGAAGGAUCCGGUUACUGGGGCUCCAUUGAAGCCUGAUGAUCUUAUCAAUCUUACUUUCCACAAGAAUUCUGAAGGUGAAGAGUCGUUUUACAACUGGCGCUGCUUCACGAUCCUUUACUUCUACCAAUUAUGAUCCAGUCACCAAAAAUGAAUUUGAGUAUGUUAAAGUUGAAAAAAGCCCUAAAAAGAAAGGUUAUGUCCAGCUUCAUACAACACAUGGUGAUUUGAACAUUGAGCUGCACUGUGAUAUUACUCCGAGGACGUGUGAGAAUUUUAUCAUUCUUUGUCAACGUGGUUAUUACAAUGGUGUGGCUUUCCAUAGAAACAUUCGGAAUUUUAUGAUUCAAGGUGGUGAUCCAACUGAUACUGGGAGAGGAGGUGAAUCAAUAUGGGGAAAGCCUUUUAAUGAUGAACUUAACUCUAAGUUGCUUCACUCAGGAAGAGGUGUUGUUAGUAUGGUUAACAGUGGCCCUCACACAAAUGGUUCGCAGUUUUUCAUCCUUUACAAAUCUGCAAAUCAUUUAAACUUCAAACAUACCGUCUUUGGUGGAGUUGUUGGUGGUUUGACGUCACUAUCAGCUAUGGAGAAGGUUCCUGUGGAUGACAAUGACAAACCUCUGGAGGAGAUUAAAAUAAUUAGUGUUACAGUAUUUGUAGAUCCGUACUCAGAACCUGAUGAAGAGGAAGAGGAAGAAAAAAGCAAUGGUGAAAAGGCUGCUGAGGAUGAGGAUAAUGAUAAGAUUGGGUCUUGGUAUAGCAAUCCAGGUACAGGAAUGGCAGAAGCCGGAGCAGUUGGCGGCGGUGGUGUUGGAAAGUACUUAAAGGCUAGGAACUCCCAAAGCGAGUCUACUGCUGUUGGCAAUUUCUGUAACAAAGAAAAGGAAAACCGCUCCCGGAGAAUUUAAAGAUUUUUCUGCUUGGUAAACCGGUGAGGCUCUUUAAUUCACCACCAUCACCCUUUUAAACGAUACAAAUGUGCUCCGGAGCUUGGAAGCAAGAGGUGCUCAAAAUUAGAAUUUGCAUUUCAACACUGCUUUGACCAAAACUGUGGGAACGAGAGAUUCAAUGACAGAAAAUUCAGAUUCUGUUCUGGUGGUGAGGUGAAAUUAAAUUUUCAAGGUGGUGAAAAGAAGAAUGGAAAACCAGCUUUCAUACCUUCUGUAAUUUUUAUCUUCUGUAAAAUAUUGUUGUGAGCUUUGUAAUUUCCUUUAGCCAAGGUCCAUAUGACGUACAAUUCAGUAUUGCACUAUCAUAGCAGCCACAUAUCUUCUCCAUGGUCUUUUCUCACAGUUGAGCACGAAGAACAAGAACAGACAAUAUGAUUAUAUGAUGGCAGCUGGAAGGAAAUGGUGGGCCAUCAUCUGUUGAAUUCAGGACAAA